UGGAUUCUCCUCUUGAAACGAGGGACAAAAGGGGAAAGGGGAGCAAAAAAGAAGUGGUACGGGCUGGAUCAUUUUAGGUAUCGUGAGGGGUUUUGAGUGUUAUUGGAUGGAUUUUUGAUGUCUAUUUGAGGUUCUUGUGGUUUCGAUUGGAGUUUAAUUUGGCAAACCUAAGGCGUUCUUUUUGAUCGAAGGGGAGGGGAGGGAGCAGCCGGAUUUUUGGUCUUCAGGUAUGGAAGGUGAUAGUCCCAAGGGGGAUCUGCCACUGAGAGAUUUCUAUAUCCCGGAUUACAUAUUCACGCAAGAAUCAGAAAAAGAGGAUGUCCCAGAAAAACCCACUUGUCCUGUGAUUGUUUUCGUCAAUUCAAAAAGUGGUGGCCAACUUGGAGGUGAUUUGAUCAAAACAUACCGGCAGCUUCUCAAUCGAGUUCAGGUUUUUGAUCUAGGAGAGGAGGCUCCUGAUAAGGUGCUUCACAGGCUUUAUGCCAACUUUGAAAAGCUCAAAUCCGAUGGUGAUAAACUAGCUGUGGAAAUCGAGAGGACAUUGAGAUUAAUAGUUGCAGGUGGUGAUGGUACAGCUGGUUGGCUUCUUGGAGUGGUUUGUGAUCUUAAACUUGCUCAGCCGCCUCCAAUUGCUACUGUGCCUUUGGGAACAGGAAACAAUCUUCCCUUUUCAUUUGGUUGGGGGAAGAAAAAUCCUGGUACCAAUCAUCAGUCUGUGAAGUAUUUCCUUGACCAAGUAAAGAAAGCAAAAGAAAUGCAAAUCGAUAGUUGGCAUAUUGUCAUGAGGAUGAGGGAUCCCAAGGAAGGUACAUGUGAUCCAAUUGCUCCACUCGAAUUACCACAUUCUCUACAUGCAUUUCACCGUGUAUCACGUUCAGACUCGCUUAAUUUGGAAGGUUAUCACACUUUUCGUGGUGGUUUUUGGAACUACUUCAGUAUGGGAAUGGAUGCUCAAGUAUCAUAUGCAUUUCAUUCUGAGCGGAAGCUGCAUCCAGAGAAGUUCAAGAACCAGAUAAUUAAUCAGACUACCUAUGCUAAACUAGGAGCUACUCAAGGGUGGUUUUUUGCUUCUCUUUUUCAUCCUUCUUCAAGGAAUAUAGCACAGCUUGCAAAUGUGAAAAUCAUGAGAAGACUGGGGCAUUGGGAGGAUCUCCAUAUUCCUCGCAGCAUUAGAUCAAUAGUUUGUCUCAACUUACCCAGCUUUUCUGGAGGACUUAAUCCAUGGGGGACCCCAAAUCAGAAGAAAGCGCGAGAUAGAGAUCUUACUCCACCUUAUGUUGAUGACGGCCUUCUUGAGGUUGUCGGUUUCCGGGACGCAUGGCAUGGGCUUGUUUUGUUCACCCCAAAUGGGCAUGGAACCCGUCUUGCACAGGCACGAAGAAUUCGGUUCGAGUUCCACAAGGGUGCAGCGGAUCACACAUUCAUGCGAAUCGAUGGGGAGCCAUGGAAGCAGCCUCUACCGGUGGAUGACGACACGGUUGUCGUAGAGAUCUCUCAUCUCCGUCAGGUCAAAAUGCUUGCAACCCACAACUGCAUCUCCAAGAGCAUCGAUGACCCCUUGACACCAUCAUCGGCGAGCCAUCAUGAUGACGGGGACAGCAGUCCGGAAUCCGAGGAUGAGUGGGAAGGAGGGAGGAGGAAAUUUGGUGCAGCAGAGACAUUCAAGAUUCCGGAGGACACAGACAUUGCUCAUGUUAGUUAGAGCUCUACCGACACCUGCUUGCUUUGUGGCAUUCAAUUCCUAUUCGCCUAUGGGACCGAACUGUUGUAUCAUUUUGCUCGAUUUGUUGUAACGAUAGCUUUGUGAGCUGAUCAAUUUAACCUUAAUAAAAACUGUCACUGAGAAUGGAUAUUUUCCC